AUGCCUCGCGAUCCUCUGAUCGGUCUCGUGGGCAAGCCAUCGUCCGGCAAGUCCACGACGCUGAACAGCCUGACCGACACUACCGCAAAAGUAGGUAACUUUCCUUUCACCACCAUCGACCCCAACAGAGCCAUUGGCUACCUCCACAUACAAUGCGCCUGCUCGCGGACAUCAUUACCGGGCAAUCAGCCGCCAUCGCCGGACGAACCACCCCCGCUGCAAACGAGAUGCAAACCGAACUAUGGCGCGUGUCAGAAGGGUACGCGGAGUGUGCCGAUUGAACUGUUAGAUGUGGCAGGUCUGGUCCCAGGAGCACAUCAAGGCAAAGGCUUGGGAAAUAAGUUCUUGGACGACCUACGACAUGCUGAUGCCCUCAUUCAUGUGGUUGAUGUGAGCGGAAUCACAGAUGCGGAAGGGAAGGCGACGAGAGGGUAUGAUCCACAUCAAGAUAUCGCGUGGUUGCGGUCAGAGAUUGUGAACUGGAUACUGGGAAACCUGAUGCAGAAGUGGGGAGGCAUCAAGCGACGGCAUACUGCAGUGAAAGCUACACCAGUGGAAACACUGUCAGGGCAAUUUUCCGGCUACGGCGCAAACCCGACCGUGGUCGCACGAACACUUGACAAGACCGGACUCAAAACCCCGCUACAAGAUUGGGAUGACGAAACCAUCAAGUUCGUGGUAGAGACAUUUGUGGACGAGAAGUUCCCAACAGUGCUUGCCCUCAACAAGAUCGACCACGCAGAUGCCGACAAGAAUGUCUCGAAGAUCGCGAAAGCAGAAAAGCCAGAACGAAUAGUACUGUGUAGUGCCAUAUCAGAAGUCUUCUUACGGCGGCUGGUCAAGCAAGGCUUUGUCAAGUACAUCCCAGGCUCGGAGUUCCUGGACACACGAGAAGAUCUCAUCGAGCAGGGCGAGGAAGACGGCGGUGGUCUGAAAGAGAUGGACGAGAAGCUCAAGACACGAAUCGAGAACCUCAAAGACAUGGUUCUGUAUAGGUUUGGAAGCACUGGCGUCAACCAGGUGCUCACUCGUGCUUCUGAACUUCUUGGCCUUACUCCAGUGUGGCCUGUGCGGAAUAUUGGAACUUUUGGCAGUGGUGGGGCAGGUAGCGCUGCAGGUGAUCGUGCGGCAGUCUUUCGGGACUGUGUACUUGUGAAGAAGGGCAGUACAGUGGGCGAUGUAUACCGCAAGGUGAUGGGAGAUGCGCCACUCGCCUAUAGUGAGACAGUUGGCGGUGUGAGAGUGGCAGAGGACGAUCUCGUGUCACCAGGGAAGAACGAUAUCUUGUCGUUCAAGGUCGGCCGUGCGUAG